AUGACGGGACGCCAGCGAGUUUACACGAGGGAGAGGCCGUUCACCUGCUCUGAGUGUGGAAAGAGAUUUGCUCAGUCAUCCCACUUGUUGAUACACCAGCGGGUUCACGCUGGGGAUACGGAGUUUGAAUGCUCUGAAUGUGGGAAGAGCUUCCCGUCGACAUCUAGCCUGAUAAGGCAUCAACGGAUUCACACAGGAGAGAGGCCGUUCAAAUGCUCUGAAUGCGGGAAGAGCUUCAGUCUGUCAAGUACCCUGAAUAGACAUCAGCUAAUUCACACCAAAGAGCGGCCGUUCAAACACUCUGAAUGUGGGAGGAACUUUAUUAAAUCAUCCCACCUGCACAAAUACCUGCAAACUCACACUGGGGAGAGGCCAUUUACUUGCUCCGAGUGCGGGAAGGGAUUCCCUCGGUCAGACAGCUUGCUAAUACACAAGCGGAUUCACACAGGGAAGAAAAUGUUUACCUGCGCUGGGUGUGGGAAGGGAUACCGUCACUCAUCCAGCCUGAGGAAACACCAGCUAAUCCAUGCGGGCAGACCAUUUAUCUGUUCUGAGUGUGGAAAAGGAUUUGUUCAUUCAACAGAGCUUCUGAGACACCAGCAAACGCAUACAGGGUAUAAGCCAUUUAGCUGCACGAAGUGCGGGAGGGGAUUCUCUGUGCGUUACAAUCUGCAGAGACAUGAGCGACUUCACGCUGGGGCAAUGCACUUCAACUGUGCAGAGUGCGGGAAAAUAUUCACUCGCUUAUCAGGCCUGAAGAGGCACCAGCAAUCUCACACCGUGGAGAGGCCGUUUACCUGCUUCGAGUGUGGGAAGGGAUUCCCUCGGUCGGCCACCUUGCUAAGACACCAGCAAAUUCAUACUGGGGAGAGGCCAUUUAUCUGCUCUGAGUGUGGGAAGAGAUACACACGGGCAAGUUCUCUGGUGAGACACCAGCAAACUCACACUGAGAAGGAUUAA